AUGGAAUCGCUGGCGGAUACCCCAUGGGAUGUGACAAUCUCUGGCACUGGAUUGGCCCAGUCACUGCUGGCUCUGGCCCUUUCCAGGUCAGGUAAGAACGUGCUCCAUGUUGACAGGAAUCCAUACUACGGUGGUCCUGAGGCUGCCUUCAGCCUUCAGGAGGCCGAAGAGUGGGCUGCUAAAGUGAACGAGGGGACCGGGGAGCUCCCCUUCGAAAACGCUAGUAUAUGUUCGGAAAGUUCAGCGGACCCCACCGGUCAGCUUUCAGCUUCUCGAUCAUAUACGCUCUCCUUGUCGCCGCAGCUGAUCUACGCCCGAUCCCAGUUACUACCCACUCUGGUGUCGUCGAAGGUCUACCGGCAGUUGGAGUUUCAAGCGGUUGGAAGCUGGUGGUUAUACAAACCUGAGGCAGAUGAUGGUAGUCGUCUCUACCGUGUCCCUGGCAGUCGUGAGGAUGUUUUUGCGGACGACGUGAUCAGUAUGAAGUCGAAGCGAACUCUGAUGAAGUUCCUUCGUCACCUAGGUCAGGCUCAGCAGAGUGGAGAUCUGUCUGAUGAACCGACAUCGUCCUUGGAAGAGGAAGGCCUUGCGGCACCUUUUCCUGAGUAUCUAGCCACGAAGUUUCAGGUUCCCGCCGAGCUCCAUGGCCCACUGCUCUCACUUUGCCUGUCACAGGCAUCUCCCCAACAGACAUCUGCACAGUACGCCGUCCCGCGUAUCAAGAGACAUUUGUCGUCGAUUGGUGUGUUUGGCGCCGGAUUCGGGGCUCUCUCGGUGAAAUGGGGCGGUGGUUCUGAGAUUUCUCAGGUCGGAUGUCGUGCCCUUGCCGUAGGUGGUGGUGUGUAUGUCUUGAACACCGGGGUCAAGUCGCUCGAUCAUCCCACCGAGCAAGAACCCAGUGACGAUGGACGUAUACAAGUCCAAUUGACCAAUGAUGAACUGGUUAAAACCCGGUUCGUGGUUGGUUCUGAUUGGGAUCUUCCCGCGGAAGCUCGCCCUUCUCCUGAGUGUGACAAAGUGGCCCGUUCGAUCUCUGUCGUUUCAUCUUCGCUUGCAAGUCUCUUCCCCGUUACAGCAGAGGGCGGACCAGUCCCUGUUGGAGCGAUAGUGGUAUUCCCGGGAAGCUCUCUUGGUUGCCCAGAUGAUUCGCCUCCGGUGUACACUAUAGUCCACUCCAGCGAGACUGGCGAGUGUCCAACUGGACAAUCCGUCAUAUAUAGUAAUGUCAGCAUCCCUGGACCCGAGGGGCAGUCGAUGAUUGAGUCUGCUGUGCAAAAGCUCUUUCAGUCAGCUGCCGAUCCGAACGUGAAGGUUCUUUGGUCCCUCCGCUAUACGCAGCUGGGCCGAGACGGCUCACACGUCGCCGGAAUAACCCGUCCAUCGAAGAACGUCAUAUGCCUCCCACCUGCUAGCCUUGACCUUGCAUUUGACGACUCCCUGAUUGACAUGGUCAAGAAUGCCUGGGAGCUGGUUAUGGGGGAUGAGGCUGCGGACCACGAGUUCAUGAGAUUCGAGGAUCGAGAGGGCGCUUAUGAUGAGGAAUGAUGCGUGGUUGUAGAGCAACCCGCAUGUAAAUAUCCUGUAGCCACGAUUUAGAUAGACAUGCUCGAUGAUAAUGUAUUACGACGGCGUCUGCCUCAUCCUUCUUAU